AUGGCGAAAAAGGCGUACUAUGCGGUGGCGAGAGGCAGACAAACGGGCAUAUUCAGCACCUGGGCAGAGUGCGAAGCAGCGGUGAGGAAAUACCCGAAUGCCAAGUUCAAGAAGUUUGAGAGCAGCAGCGAGGCAACUCAGUUUGUACGGGGAAAUAGCAAUGGCAAUGGCCAGUCCCAUGGCCCAGCCCAGGGCCAAGGGACUGCCAGCAGGCCACCGUCCAGUGGCUACAACAACAGACCUUCCUCCGGUGGUGUUAAAAAACCGUCCAGCACUUACAACAACAGAGCCCCCACCAGCUACAAAAGCACCGCUGGACCCUCCUUCUACGCCGUCAGAAGCAACAACCCAGACGCCCCCAGCAGAGUAUUCACCAACUGGACCGACUGCCAGGCGUACGUCCGUGGGAAAAGACACAUGUCCUUCAAGAAGUUCCCAACCAAAGAACAGGCCACCGCCUUCUCUACGGGCCAGGCUUCCCUGCAAACAACAUACGCACACAUGAACACCACCGAGUCAGAGUUCAUCAACCAAUACAAAAUCCCCCAGCAAGCCGCACCAGCCGUCAAAGUAGCCCCAAACCCAAGCCACGUCUACUGCGACGGCUCCUCAUUGAGCAACGGGAGCGGCCGCGCCAGGGCAGGCUACGGCGUGUACUUCGAAAACGAAAACAUCAGGAUCGCCAAACCCUUAACCUCGGGCCCCCAGACAAACAACAGGGCCGAACUAACCGCAGUCCACGAAGCCCUAGACCAUAUCUGGAACGAACUCGAAUCCAACUCCUCCUCCUCCUCCUCCUCCGAAGUGAACGUGAAAAAAUACACAAUCCACACAGACAGCGAGUACGUCGUGAAGCUUUUGAACGACUACUCGAAACACUCCACGCCGCAGCAGCUGAAAGCCGCACCCAACGGCGACAUCGUCGCCCCGUUGGUGCAAACCUACAACAAGGUCAAGCAGUACUACGACGUCAACAAAGACGUCCUGGGCCUGGGCGCAGAAGACGGCUUGCAGGUCGACUGGGUCAAGGGCCACGCCGGCGUCCCGGGCAACGAAGUUGCCGACCAGCUUGCGCGAGAGGGCGCAGCAAGAGGCAUCCAUAGUUGA